AUGUUUUCUGAUACCAAAAAUUUCAAAUUUGCAGAGAUUCCGGAUUUAUCUGGCAAAAUUGCGGUGGUAACAGGCGGAAAUUCUGGUAUUGGAUACGUUACUUGCAGAGAACUGGCAAGAAAAAAUGCACAUGUAUUUAUUCUAGCUCGUAAUAUCGAAAGGGGCACAGCAGCCGUUGAAAAGAUCAAACAAGAAAUAGAAAAUCAAAACGUAGAAUUUUUACAAUUGGAUCUACAAAGUUUAAAAUCUGUUAAAGAAUGUGCCGAAUCUUUUUUGGCUCGGAAAUUACCAUUACAUAUUUUGGUCAAUAAUGCUGGUAUAGCGGCAACAAAAUUUUCUUUAACUGUUGAUGGAAUUCAAGAUCAAUUCGGAAUUAAUCACGUCGGGCAUUUUUAUCUUACAAAAUUACUUUUACCAAUACUUGAAGCAUCAGCUCCGUCAAGGAUAGUUAACGUUAGAAAUGUAAAUACUGAACUUAUUGGAAAAAUUACAAAUAAAUGGACAGCUCCACUCUGGGGGCUUGCAAAAUGUAUAUUUUUGAUUACACCUGAUGAUGGAGCAUUGACCACAUUAUAUUGUGCAACAAGUCCAGAGAUUGAAAAUAAGAAUCUGCGUGGAAAGUAUUUUAUUCCAUUUGGUGUAGAAUCUCCAACAAACAAACAUGGUAAAGAUGAAGAAUUGGCAAAAAAACUAUGGCAAUUUACUGAUGAUUUAAAAAAAAAUUAA